GAAACCAGACAGUAAACAUAACACCGUGUUCCCGUUUGAUACAGGAGGGCUUUCGGGAUGAGUGGACAGUGUUUAAAGACAACCUGGCAGUGUCAAUGAAUGGAAUUAUUAACAGUUUGCGCCUUUGCCGAGUCCAGUGCCGGUUCUGGUCAUGUUUUUAUUUCCCUAUCCAACUCACCCUAUUAAUACUCUCGCUAUUCUCUCUCAACUUCCCUGGCUAGAGAAACAACACCCAAACACCAAACAGAAAGAGAGAGAGAAGAAUUAGAACGGAAGAAGAAAUCUGAAGUUGAUUGAGUUGAAGAUGUCCCCAGCAGCUUCAGCAAGGUGGUGCCCGACCCCGGAGCAGCUGAUGAUAUUGGAGGAGAUGUACAGGACUGGCGUACGAACUCCCAGUGCAUCGCAGAUACAACAGAUCACAGCGCACCUCUCUCUGUAUGGGAAGAUUGAGGGAAAGAAUGUGUUCUACUGGUUCCAGAACCACAAGGCUAGGGACAGGCAGAAGCUGAGGAGGAAGCUCACGAAGCAGCUUCAACAACAGCAGCAGCAACAGCAACAGCAGCAACAGCUUUUUCAACAGCACCUCAGCCCCGGUUGCAGCUUUUGCCCCAUCUACCUCGAUCACCAUCAGUGCCCUGCUUCUGCUUCUGCUUUCCGACAGCUCAGCUGUUAUAACCUACCUCCUUCUCCUCCUCUGGCUUCCUUGAGCUAUCCUCCUCAGGGAGGGAACAUUGGUGGAGCAGAAUCAAGGUCGACUAUGGAGUAUAACAGCUGGAGGAGAGAAAUCAUCGGAAAUGAUCAUCAGAAGGCGGAUAUGGAGAAGAGCGUGAUGAAAAUGUACAGUGGGGGUUGGAUGAUGGUUGUGGACGUGGAUUCAUCGGAUCGUUGUCCCGCUAGACCCCUCCAAACCCUCCAACUCUUCCCCACCACUUCCACCAAUCUCAGAGAAGACCGUGAAAAUGCUACUGUCCAGCCGGUUUAACAAUAGGAACCAACCAAGCCUAAUAAUUAUGCCAACUGCAUUAUUAGCUCAAUAAGAUUUUAAUGGCGAGAGCAAGUUUCUCACUGCUGGGUUUUAAUCUCCCAUGGACUUUGGUGUGACCAAGUGUUAACUCUAACCCGACUUGUCCCUCCGCCUCUAGAAUUGUACUAGGUUAGUUAUUCCUAGAGGUCUGUCCAAUCAAUUUGUUUUUUCUCACUUUCACCCUUACCUUUUUGCUUAGUUCUGUUGUGUUUUAAGGUCUCUUGGAAUGAGAAACAUCACAACUGUAUAAUGAGUAGUUAUGACUUAUGAGCACUUGCAGCUUUUCUUCUUU